CCUCCAUAACCGCAGACCUUCCCAUACCGGGAGGACUAUCACCGAUUCAAUCUGAUAAUACUUAACGUGAGCUGAGCUGCCGCUUUCUGAGUAUUGUUGUUGUUUAAGCUCAUUACACGCGAUGAAGUCUUCUGUACACUUGGCAGUCACAAGUCAUGGGGUUGAUUUGUCAGCGACACGCCGUGGUGCUGCGCCGCACAAGGCUGUCGAUUAGGAUGCCAACUCCUCCUCUCCGUCAGCAAGGAGAACGACGAUCUCCGGCCUCAUAACUCCCAGCUCUCGACAGCAGAGCAUUAACACGUUGUCGCAAGACAAAACAAGUUUUGACGACGACAUGAUAUGAUACACCCCGACCCCGACGAGGCGCGACAUUCACUUGCAUUCGACAACUUGCGAUGACGAGCUACCCUCAACCACGCCGUUUCGAGGACUUCCGUAUCGCCGUGAUAUGUGCACUGGCCCGCGAAUACGAUGCCGUCAUCCUGGCUUUCGACGAGAUAUGGAACGAUGAUAGAGAUGGGCGCGGGCCCGCGCCCAGGCAAUACAACAAUUACACGCUGGGGUUGAUUGGAGUUCAUUAUGUUGUUUUGGUUCUUCUCCCUAACAUGGGAAAAGUCAGCGCAGCCAACGAGGUAGUCCGGCUCCGGUCCAUCUAUGUUGGGCUGGAGGUAGCCUUCUUGACUGGGAUCUGUGGGGGAGUGCCUAGCCCGGGGACCGAUCAUGAGGUGCUGCUUGGGGACGUGGUGAUCGGCAAAAGCAUCGUGCAGUAUGACCUAGGCCGACAAUACCCUGGCAAGUUUCGCAGGAAAGACGGUAUCGAAGACAACCUGAGCCGACUUAACAAAGAAGUCCGUUCUUUUCUCGCUACCUACGAGACGCAACAUGGCCGGGACGAAUUACAGCGCCGGAUCACCAAGGUCCUUGAGCAAAUCCAACAGAUGACCAUCGAUGCACAUAACCGAAGCUGCUACGAUCGUCCUGCAGUCGAAGAGGACUCGCUUUUCGAGCCGACCUGUCUUCACAGACACCGAGAUCAACCAGGCUGUAGCUGUAGUGAAUCCACUGCGUGUGACGGAGCUAUCAAAGCGUCGUGCCAGGAGCUCGGAUGCGACGUCGUAUAUCAAGUGGUGAGAAGACGACUGGAGUCUAAGAGGUUCGAGUCACGAAUACAUGUUGGUUGCAUCGGGUCGGGUGAUACAGUGAUGAAAUCAGGCGAACACCGCGACAGGGUUGCUCAAGAACAUGACAUUAUCGCUUUUGAGAUGGAGGGGGCGGGCGUUUGGGAAGAGAUCCCGUGCAUUAUUGUCAAAGGGGUAUGUGACUACGCCGACAGUCACAAAAACAAGUUGUGGCAGGACUUCGCCGCUGCAAUGGCGGCCUCAGCGACAAAAGCGCUUAUGGAGCGCUACAUGUGCAGGACUCCCAGGACAAACUGUACGUAA